GUAAAGUGGUGCAUUCAAAAAUUGAGUACGUUUAGGAAAGUUCAGAAAGAAGUUUUGGAAUCUAUUAUACAUUUUUAAAGUGUAGUUUAAUUAACAGAAAAGUCAAUAAAAACGGGAUCAUUAAGUUAUUUGAAACACAGAAAGUGCUUGUGACAUAAAGUGAUUGUGAAUGUUUUCAAAUUGAGGCAGAAUUUGUAAAUUCUGCAACAAGCAUCAGAUCCUAAAUUAAAGAGAAACUUUUCGUCUAGUGAACCAAGCUAAUAUCUGGAAUAUUUGAAAAUAUUUCAUAUGAUAUUAAGCUUCCUAAAACACAUCAACAUCAAAAAUAAAAUUAACAAAAAAAAUAAUGAAGAAACGAGUGGAUGAAAUACAAAAUUUUCAUGGGACCGCUGCUGCUCGAAGUGGAGUUUCAAGUGGUGCUACUCGCAUUUUAACACCUCCACAACAUGGAGUUCAAAUAAGUCCAAAUACUGCACAAAGUCAGUAUCAAAUAUUAAACAUAAGGGAACCGACACAAAGUAUACAGUAUACAUACACGUCGGCUAUAAACUCUUCAAACAUUCAAAAAAACAAUAUAUCACAACAACAGCCAUCACAAAAUCCAACUGUUCAUACUGUCAGCGCUGGAAGCGUCAAUAUUACAAGUACUAUUCGUUCCAAGCCUACAACUUCGGGAAAUAUUACGCCGACACUUACUAGUCCGACAUCUACAGCUGCAAUUCCAGCUCAAAAUGUCACUGGCCAAAAUUUUCCACGCUUAAAGGUCGAGGAUGCGUUAAGUUAUUUGGAUCAAGUAAAAUAUAAAUUCGGAAAUCAGCCUCAGGUUUAUAAUGAUUUCCUUGAUAUCAUGAAAGAGUUUAAAUCUCAAAGUAUUGACACACCCGGAGUUAUUCAGCGUGUUUCAAAUUUAUUUAAAGGUCAUCCAGAGCUCAUUGUUGGAUUUAAUACUUUCUUACCGCCCGGCUAUAAGAUAGAAGUGCAAGCAAACGAUCAAGGAUUUGCUUAUCAAGUAUCUGUAUCAGUUCCUUCACCUUCAGCUACUGGCAAUACAACAAUUCAAACGCAGCAUUCUCCCCCGACAAAAUUCAUUCAGAGCACAGGACACAUAAUUCAACAGCCACCAGUUAAUUUAAUAUCGAGCCAUUCUCAAAGCAUACAUAUUCAACCGUCUUCACAGCAGCAACAAUCUCAGCAAGAACAAAGAUCAUCAUCAGCAGUACAACAAAAUCACUUGUCGACAAUUAGUACAAUGUCUCAAAAUUUUUCGCGUGCUGAACGCAGCACCGAUCGACAGCAAUUGCCCGCGGCAAGUUCAACUAAUAUUCAAUCAAAUACACAGCAAUCGACUACCACCACAGUGGCAGUGACAACAACAACAACAGCAGCUCCUCAGCAAUCAAAUACACAGCAGCAACAGCCUACAGCUACAACCCCAGUUUGUAACGAAACUUCCGGAUCACAUAGGAUUCAGCCAAUUUUUCAAAACGAUAAUCAACCUGUUCAAUUCAAUCAAGCGAUUGUCUACGUUAACAAAAUUAAGUGUCGCUUCCAAGAACAGCCUGAGAAAUAUAAGCAUUUUCUGAGGAUACUGCACAAGUAUCAGAAUGAGCAACGAAGAAAAGAUAAUUCAGGCAAAGGAGGAUCGCCAUUAACAGAAACGGAAGUUUUCAAGCAAGUUGCUCAUUUGUUUGAUAAUCAAGAAGAUCUUUUGAGGGAGUUUGGGCAAUUUCUUCCUGACGCAUCACCAACAACCACACCGAAUGUAUUAAUUAAUAAGACACCGUCAUCGUUCAGUGAAUCAAGUGACAAAUUAAAUAGUUCAACUUUAGGUGCUCAACAUUCGAACAUAAAGCAAAUCGGAAAUAACAUUUCUCGCAAUAACAUCAUUAAUACAAUCGAAUUGUUUCAAGCAAACAAUAAUGAUAAAGAUUUUCAUCUCGGAUCAUUUGCCAAUUUGGCGCGUGAGAAGGAUGCAAAUAGAAAUCAUAUGAAUGCAAGCAAUCAGAAAUAUGGAAGCAUUAAUAGUUCAGUUUCGGGCUUAAAACGAUCUCCAGGAUCGGCAGGCAUACAAAUUAAUCAUUUGAAUCGUUCUCAUGAUCGUGGAGAACCACCUAUUAAGCGGCAUAAACCUGUUUUUAGAGAUGUUUCUUAUGCUGAUGCGUCACGUUCUGGAACUUUACAAGACUAUGCAUUUUUCGAUAAAGUAAGAGAAGCUCUUAAAUCAUCCGAUGUUUAUGACAAUUUCCUUCGUUGUCUGACGCUCUUUAAUCAAGAAAUUGUUAGCAAAUCGGAAUUAAUGACUCUAAUAACGCCAUUUUUAAGUAAGGAACCUGAACUAUUGAAACGAUUCCAAGAAUUUUUGAAAUUCUCAGCAGCACCAGAGCCUAUUCCUUUAUCCGUGGCACAGCGUCAAGAGCAUCGUACACAAACAGAUACGGCUGCAGAAAUUGAUGUUACACAAUGCAAGCGAUUAGGAACGAGUUAUUGUGCACUUCCAAAAACGAGCGAAGCAAAGAAAUGUAGCGGAAGAACACCUUUAUGUCGUGAAGUUUUGAACGAUACAUGGGUCUCAUUUCCGUCUUGGUCAGAAGAUUCUACAUUUAAUACAUCACGAAAAACACAAUAUGAAGAAUUCAUUUAUCGUUGCGAGGAUGAACGCUUCGAAUUGGAUGUUGUUAUUGAAACAAAUAGUGCAACAAUUCGUGUCCUUGAAGGUGUUCAAAAGAAAAUGUCUAAAAUGUCGGCCGAUGAGUUAAGUCGAUUCAAACUUGAUGACUCGUUGGGAGGAACGUCUCAAACUAUUCAUCAGCGUGCUCUUCGAAGAAUUUAUGGAGACAAAUCGCCCGAUAUUAUUGAAGGAUUGAAAAAGAAUCCAAAUGUUGCUGUGCCUGUUGUCCUUAGACGAUUAAAAGCUAAAGAAGAAGAAUGGCGAGAGGCUCAAAAAGGUUUCAAUCAGCAAUGGAGAGAGCAGAAUGAAAAAUAUUACUUAAAAUCUUUGGAUCAUCAAGGCAUUAAUUUCAAGCAUGCCGACACCAAGGCUUUACGGUCAAAAAGUCUAAUGAAUCAAAUAGAGACUGCUUACGAAGAGCGAAAUGAAGGAAACAAUGGAGAAGCACUUCCUGGCCCACAUUUAAUAUUACACUAUAAAGACAAGUCGAUUCUCGACGACGCUGCAAAUUUGCUCAUACAUCACGUCAAAAGACAAACUGGGAUACAAAAACUCGAGAAAGCUAGAAUAAAGCAUAUUUUACGACAGUUUGUUCCUGAAUUAUUUUUCGCUCCCCGACAACCCUUGAGUGAUGAUGAAAAAGAAGACGUAUUCCCAUUUUCAGUUGAAGAUAAUAGCAAGGAUGAUGGAAAAUCGACUAUGAAGAAUACACAUAAUUUUGUCCAUACUGAGAAGAGUAACGGAAAUGGAAGUAAAACAAAUUGUACAGAUGGAUCUACAGAACAAAACAAUAAAGAUUGUCCAAAUUCAAAUUAUUGUGAUCGAGUACUAGAAGCUGGUGAUGAGAUUAAAGUAGAAAUAAAAACUGAUCCAGAUGCGCCGCAAUCAACAAACGUGCAAGCAGCUUUUGGAAGUGAAUUGCUGCCAUUACAUGCCAAUUCAAAACAUCCGGACGAAGCAUAUACAUUGUUCUUUUCGAAUAGCAAUUGGUAUUAUUUCUUACGAUUACACGCUAUUUUGUGCGAUAGACUGAGAACAAUGUAUGAAAGAACACAAAUUUUGGCUUCGGAGGAAGAAAAGCAUAAAACUAAUCGACGAGAAAGUGUAGCAAUUGCAUUAAGGCUGAAACCCCAAAAUGAAUUUGAAAUUCCCGACUAUUAUCCAGCAUUUUUGGACAUGCUAAAGAGUCUGUUGGACGGAAACAUGGAUGCAUCUACUUAUGAAGAUAAAUUAAGAGAUAUGUAUGGAAUUCAUGCAUACAUCGCAUUCACUUUGGAUAGAGUUGUAUCGAAUGCCGUGAGACAGCUACAGUUUUGUGUAACAGAACGAAAUGCUCUUGAAUGUUUUGAAAUAUAUCAAAUGGAGAGUAAAAAUAACGCCACCGGAGGACUUUGUGCGACUGCAUAUAAAAGAGCUUCUGCAGAAUUGGCUUAUCAACGAAAAGUUGAGUCAAGCUUACAAGAGGAAACAUAUUUUAAAGUAUUCAUCUACAAGAUUGAUUGUCGAGUGACAAUUGAAAUGCUCGAGAACGAUUCAGAAGAGACAUCUGCAAACAAUUUUGAGCAAGGACAGAGCACGAGCAAAUACAUCGAACGAUACACAAAUCCAUCGUUGGGAGGUGAAAAUGCAAGAUCGAGUAGCAGAAAUAAUUCAAUAAAUGGCACUUCGUUUGGGAUUUCUUUAGAAGUCAAAACUGAAAAAAACGAUCACGAUUUGGAAUCCUCGUUUAGGAAACCGCUAUUUUUGAAGCGCAACGUAAGACAGUUCAAUAAGAAGCUAUCGACAAUGAGUGAAAACGAGAAUGGUGACAGUAAAAACAUUGCUUAUUCUUCAACGAUUACAUCAUCAAGUUCCUCUGUCGUUCAAAUAACAUCAACGUCGAAUGAAUCUUCAACUACAACCGUUACUUCGUCACUUGCUACAUCAUCGUCGUCGAGCAUAUUAACAACAUCAUCAUCUUCGGUUCCACCUACAUUAGUUGCAUCGAAAGCACAAGAAUCAUUUGGAAUUAGUAAUCGAGCGGUUGAAAGAAUAGGACAAUCUAAUGCAUUUAAAGAGUUUUUCAUUGACGAUCAAGAGCAAGUAAAGUUCAAUUAUCAAACAUACAAGACAGUUUUCUGCAAUACAACAAAUAAAGGGUAUAUCCUCUACAGAUACAACUCUCUUAAGAGGUCUAAACAGACUCAUCCAAAUAUUACAAAGUCAAUGGACCAAAAGUUCAAUGUGUAUUUACAAAAAUGGCUAUCGAAAAACAGUAGUGAGCUACAACGACUUACAAUAACUGACUGGCUUUUGGGAAGGAAUCAGAGUAAUUUUCUUCCGUGCAAAACAAUUGUGAAAAAGGAUAACAAUCUACUAGAGACACCUUAUUGCACUUAUAACCGCUAUAAAGUCGAACAUUCUUCGAAUAUUAAUGAGAACAUAAUAACGAAAUAAGUAUCAUUACUUUCAAAUCAUGCAUCAUAUAUAUAUUUUAACUAUCAUUCAUCAUAAUGAACAAUGAUUUUCAAGUACAAAAUUAUCUAAUUUCAAAACAACACAACUCAAAUCGUGUGAUUUCUCACAUAAAUCAUUUUUAUCAUGUAUAAAUAAAACGUAUAGUAAGGAAGAUAAAAAGAUGAAAAAAAUAAUAGAUAUUUAAAGAAAAUAAGGAUUAUGAUUGACUAUACCGUAAGCACAUAAAUUGCUAGAAAUUGCUGAAAUUUUCAAUAAUCAAUGUUGAUAUGCUCAUAAAGGCAUCAAGUUUUUUUUUCAUGUAAUAUAAACUAAUAUAAGAUAGAUCCUUUAUUGAUUUUUAUUGAUAAUGUAGAAACUCAUUAAUUAAGAAUAAAACGUUUAUAUUAUAAUAAAACUCCUUAAACUUUGAAUGUAAAUAACUAUUAUCUUUUUAUAUUUCUCUCAAAUUAAUUAAAUAAAUUUGUAGAUUCAAACGUAACUUUAUUAUGCAUUUAAUUUUUGCUU